AGUAACUUUACGAAGAAACGACACCGUUUUGGGACCUAAAGUUAACACCUUUAGGCGACUCACUGUGAGAUAAAAGAACUCUUAUCUGAAGAAUAGAACGAAACGGCAGCGUUCUGGGGUCGUAAAGUUGAUUCCUUUAGGAGGUUAAUCUCUCGUUAACGUGACUCACUGUGGAGUUGGAUAUUCAGAGACAAUCUCAAUCCUUUCACGACAAAUUUGGUCAUCAUGACGGAGUAUAAGGAGGAACAGGAGAUGGAGAUUGAAGCUCUUGAAUCUAUUCUUGCUCAUGACUUCAAAGAGAUUCAUUCUAGUGAAAGUGGGCUUAAUACUUCUAACCCAUGCUUUCAGAUAACAGUCACUCCUCAGGAUGAUGAUCUGGAGGAGUCAUCAAUCCCACCAGGUUACUACUCUUUAAGAAUAUACAUUUCUGCAUGCUUUCUUAGUCUUGGAGCUCUCAAAUUUGUCUUUGCAGUUCAGCUGGGUUUGGUUUUCUCCCACACAGAAAAUUAUCCGGAUGAGGUUCCACUUUUGGAUGUUAAAAGUAUCCGAGGAAUCCAUGUUAGUGAUCUCACCAUCUUAAAAGAGAAGCUUGAACAAGAGGCAGCAGAAAAUCUUGGAAUGGCCAUGAUGUAUACAUUGGUCUCAUCAGCUAAGGACUGGUUGUCUGAACACUAUGGGCAAGACGAUGGAGAUGACUAUGCCGAGGAAGAAACUGCCAAAGAGGAUGAGGUUAUUAUUCCUCAUGGAGAACCUGUUACGCUGGAGACGUUUGUGGCAUGGAGAGAGAGAUAUGAGGCAGAACUUGCACUUGAGCGAGCCAAGCUGAUGCCUGAGUCUGCUCUUACGGCGCCUAAGGAGAAGAAGCUUACAGGAAGACAGUGGUUUGAGAGUGGCAAAGCGAGAGGAACAGUGGUCGCUGCUGAUCAAGAAUCUGAGGAGGAAGAUGAUGAAGACAUUGACUUUCAAGACGAUGACUUUGAAGAUGAUGAAGAAGACAUGCUUGAGCACUACUUGGCGGAGAAAUCUGAUGCAAGGGCCUGAAGACAUAAUGAUUUUUAAAGUUUUUUCUAGAUAGAGAUCAGGAUGACCUUUCAUUAAGCAGCAUUAUUCAAUCUUUCAUAUCCUCAGUUUUCCUAGCUUUGAUAUGGCUCAAGACUUACCUCGAGACUUGCAUUUCUUAUAUCACUUUCACAGUCUGUCAUUUAUAAGAAUGCCACUGAGAUUUUGUAACUUUUUUUGCUAGUAUCAGAGCACAAAGCAGUUCUCUCA